AUGCGUUCCCACUCGGAUAAACUAAACCCUCUGGAGAUCCGCCACCUGCACUACAUUUCCCAAUUCACCACCGACAUCCGCCACAUUGAUAGCUCGAGGAAUGAGGUGGCUGACGCACUGUCCAGGCCCUCUAUCGCUCACCUUCAGCUUUCAUCUGGGAUCGACCUCAAUGAGAUGGCCGCUAAACAACGCCGUGUCGGUUCACCCAGUGAUGAGGAUGUUUCCGGGCUCCAACUACCACUCCUCGGUGUGCCCUCCCUAGAAUUUCUCGGUCAUCUGUUCGACUCCCACGGCAUUAGGCCUCUUCCCUCAAAGGUUGUCGCCAUUCGGGUCUUUCCACUCCAUACCUCGAAGCGUCAGUUGCAACGAUUGCUUGGUAUGGUGAACUUUUAUCGCCGGUUUCUCGCGAACUGUGCCGAUACCAUCCUACCUCUGACUAGUCGCCUCCACUAUCACGACUGACCUCGGUGCCCAAUUUGAAUCUCACCUCCUUUUCUCCCUUUUUAAGGCUAUACGCGUAUUCGCACUACAGCAUAUUAUCCGGCAGCCAAUGGGAUGGUCGAGCGGUUUCACCGUCAGCUGAAGACCGCCCUACGCGUCGCAGACAAUCCGGAGGGGAACUGGACAGACGACCUCCCCCUAGUCAUGUUGGGCAUGCGUUCCCCCCUCCAGUCGGACCUUGACUGUUCUGCUGCUGCUGAAAUCGUGUUCGGGGCCACCGUCCGACUUCCCGGUCAGAUAAUCUCGCCAACCCCGCGAGUUGCUGUUGAGGAUCCUACCAACCUCCUGCAUCGCCUCCGGCGAAUCCUCCGGACACUUUCCCCGCUUCCAUCCAGGUUAUCCGUCUCCGAGUCUCACUUCGAGAAAGACUUGACAACAUGCUCUCACGUCUAUCUCCGAUGUGAUCGAGUCCGCCGACCACUGGAACCACCCCACGACUGUCCCAUCCGAGUUAUCUCUCGUAGGACGUAGAACUUCCGCAUCCAACGUGGAACUGGCGAGGAGGUCGUGAGCGUGGACCGUCUCAAAGCUGCCGUCCAGGACACUCCUCCGGAUGAGCCCUGUGGUCCCCUACCCCCUGCUCCACCUUCCAGACCCUCUAUCCCUCCGUCCCGUAUACUUCCUCUGCCCUCAUAUCCACAACCCCCAACUGCAUCUACCCCUUCAUCAACCAACAACACUGUAUCUUGAAGAAGGAGACACGAUCGCCGGGACAAGAGCUUUACUAAUCUGACGUUUCGGAUUCCCACUCGAAUCCAUCAUCAGAGACAAAAAACAGAAACGUGUGGUUGUUGCACAAGGGGCUGCGGUAUUUAUAGGAUGCAGUAGCCAUGCUACCGCAUACCUAUGAACAUUCACGGCUCCUCCCUUCAUCCGGGAUCAUCGCACUUAGUGUGAUCAUGUCUUGAUGGCCGACAUUCUAGUCGAUAAUUGCUGCAAAUUCAUCACGUGCGUUUGAUGUUGGCGUGAUGAUUGCUCGACCAUCUGAUGCACCGACCCCGGUGUUGGGAAAAGUGUUCACCUCUGCGCUCCCCGCAUGGCUUUUUACACCGCCUAGGCGACGUUUUAGCACGGAGUAUGGAGUCGGAAUAUCGUUGCACUUGUUGAUGGACUGGAGGCCAGUAAACCAUGAUUCUAGUAGCUCCCGGCUCACGCGGUUGUCACCUCUUGCGAGAAAUUUGGCCUCAUCGAAUUUGAAUGUGUGGCCGGAUCUCGUCGAAUGAGCCGCAACUUGAGAGCUGGCGUCAUUUCUGCUCACCGCUGCCGCGUGUUCGGCCAUUCUCGUUCGGAGCUGUCUUCUAUAAAUACCGCAGCCCCUUGUGCAACAACCACCAGUUACUGCUUUUGUGUCUCUGAUGAUGGAUGCGAGUAGGAAUCCCAAAACUUCAGGCUAAUAAAGUUAUUGUCCAGGCGAUCGUGUCUCCUUCUUCAAGACUGCUUCCUGUGACUCGUCUCUUCGCUUCUAUUAACACUGCAUCCGCGAGCUAUACUCACUCUACCCCUGUGCCCCCUGUAUAUAUCACCCGUAGUGGACCGCAGGUUCAUUUUCCUGACCGUUUGGUUACUCAUGUUUUAUAGACAUCAACAGUUCCUUCAGCGUCACUACUCGCCACCUUCGGUCCAACCGGGGGAUACUGUGGCAGUUCGCGUCUUCUUGCCCUCCGCCUUUACCACGCUGCUUUACUGUCCGCCUCACGCCCCUCGUCGAUACGCCGUUGGGAGGUGCGGGGCUAGUCAAUUACCCCGCCAGUGAUCCAGUCCAAUCAGCGCUGUCCCAGCUCUGAUUGGCUGGCGGACGCGGAGACAACGGAGGGCUCAUAUAGGCGCUGGGACACAACACCUCGACGGCGCACUCAGACAACAACCUGCAUGGAGUGUGUGCUCGCGGGGACUGCCUACAGAGCCUUCUGUACGCGCUUUCCAAUCAGUAAAGGUUGUCCGACUCAAACUGUCUUCUCUGACUUUUAAUUGGGAAUCUUUAUCUUGUCGACCACACUACUUUCGACAGGGACCUCACGUUACUUGCUUGGGAACCAUUCAAUGACCGAAUGGAAAACGUGCGACUGAUGGACCACUUUACGAAAAUCUCCAUUGUCUCUGAGUACGCACUUAAUUCAGCUGUCGAACUGUGCGAUAACGAGGAGUUUCAGUCUCAGUUGCAAGCGUUAGUUGAAAGACUCCUUCUCCGCGAUCUGCUGAUUGUUGCCGGGGAUUGGAAUGAUCGAAAUGGACCUGAGGACUUCCCUAACAGUUAUCUUAUUGGCCGCUUUGUGUUUGCAUCUCGAUGUGAAAAUGGCGUGAGGUUGCUGAAAUUCGCUGAUCAGAACCGACUGCUUGUCAAUCGCAGUUCACCACAGGUAAUCAUGUUCUUCGCAGUUUGGAUGGCCCAUGGGACGGAGCAUGUCCUCAUUCUAACAAAACUGAAGGUUUACCUCUCAUCCGCGCCACAAAUGUCCCCUCCUAGACGUCUAGAUGUGGCAUAA